GUAAUUUAGUAACAUUAUAAGGCACCAACCGCUUUCAUGGCAAUUUGUUAGCUUCUUUCUCAAAUGGGAUUGUGCUUGCUUGGCCUUCAACUCUGUCCCCUCGAGAACUACAGGCCAAUCUACUCAUUGGCAAAUAUGAAGGUCACUCAAUUGAAGGGCGCAACCUUUUUGGGAGUUUCUGGGAGAAAGUGCGAGAGAAGAGAAUUCAAGAAAUGGGCCAAAGCUUUCCCAUUCGAAGAUGCAACAAAAUUUCAUCAUGGUCUUUGUUUAGUGAUGAAAAAUAACAGGGGAGUGAGAUUCAACAAUGCCUUCAAGUUCAGGUGUUGUGCGUCAAUCAGUGAACAACAAACUUCAGAUUACGAUUUGAGUUUGUCGAGUUUGGAAGGAACGUUUGAUACAAAGAAUGAAAGAUCAUUAAGCAAGGGCAUUUUUGACUCAGCAGGGCCUCCAGUAACUAGUCAAUCAAGGCCCCCAAAUGUCCAAAUGGAGGUUAUAAUGCUUUCCAUACCGGCAACUGCUGGGCAGGCGAUUGAGCCACUAGCACAGCUAAUGGAAACAGCUUAUGUCGGUAGACUGGGGCCUCUGGAGUUGGCAUCAGCAGGUCUUUCCAUGUCAAUAUUCAAUAUCAUUUCAAAAGUUUUCAAUAUACCCCUCCUCAGUGUUGCAACUUCAUUUGUGGCUGAAGAUAUUUCAAGGAAUGAUAGUGAAUCUGAUUCAGAUGGUGGCCAUUCCAAUAAUAAAAUGUCUAAAAGGAAGUCGUUACCUUCAGUCUCCACAGCUUUACUUUUAGCAAUCGGAAUUGGAUUACUUGAAGCUCUGGCAAUGUUUCUGGGAUCUGGAAUAUUUCUUAACAUGAUGGGCAUAUCAUCUGCUUCACCCAUGCGCAUUCCAGCAGAAAGAUUUCUCAAACUUAGAGCAAUUGGUGCUCCUGCAGUUGUCCUCUAUCUGGCCAUCCAGGGCAUAUUCCGAGGGUUUAAGGAUACAAAGACUCCUGUCUUAUGUCUUGGACUGGGCAAUUUAUCAGCUGUGUUCUUAUUUCCUGUGCUAAUGUAUUAUUUUCACCUGGGCAUAACUGGUGCUGCCAUUUCUACUGUUCUAUCUCAAUAUAUUGUUUCCUUUCUGAUGAUUUGGCAUCUCAAUAAAAGGAUGAUAUUGUCAUUUCCGAGUGUAAAAGGUUUGCAUUUCGGCGGCUAUCUAAGAUCUGGUGGUUUUCUUCUUGGGAGAACUCUAGCUGCUGUCCUGACCAUAACCUUGAGUACAUCUAUGGCUGCUCAUCAUGGAGCAUUAGCCAUGGCGGCUCAUCAAAUAUGUUUGCAAGUGUGGUUAUCUGUUUCACUCCUUGUAGAUGCUCAAGCUGCAUCUAGUCAGGCACUUAUUGCAAGUUCUGCAGCAAAAGGUGACUACAGUAGAGCGAAAGAAAUUACUUUAUGUUCGUUAAAGACAGGAUUAAUUACUGGCAUUUCCUUAGCUAUCAUGUUGGGUGUAUCAUUUGGUUCUUUAGCAACUUUGUUCACCAAGGAUGUUGAGGUACUCGCAAUUGUUAGAACUGGGUUACUGUUUGUUAGUGGCAGUCAACCAAUCAAUGCCCUGGCUUAUAUUUAUGAUGGUCUCCAUUAUGGUAUAUCAGACUUUUCAUAUGCAGCUUGUUCUAUGAUGGUGGUUGGGGCGCUUUCUUCUGCAUUUAUGCUCUAUGCACCCUCCAUUGUUGGUCUUUCUGGAGUUUGGUCUGGAUUAACUCUUUUCAUGGGCAUGAGGACAGUGGCUGGAUAUAUGAGAUUAUCAUCCAAAGAUGGCCCAUGGUGGUUCCUACAGGAAGAUAUCAAUAAAAAUUUGAGAAUAGUUGAUGUAAGCCAGGAUUGCUUUUAGUAUUCUUCUGUGUAAGCCAGGAUUUCUUUUAGUAUUCUUCUCUUCUCCUCUUCUUCUUUUAAUCAUUUGUGUUGAACUCUGUAAGUUACCUUCAGGCUUUUACAUUAUUAUAUAUUACUAAAUCUGGGCACACUUUUACUGUUCCUACGAAUAGUAAAAGUACCCUUUUGCCCAUAAAA